AUGGCAGCCGGCUACACGGUGGCAGUGCAGCUCGGCGCCAUGCCACGGUGGAUGGUGCCAGCAGAGCUCCGCGUCCAGGAAUUGCUUUAUUUCUUGUGGCCGGGAUGUCAGCGAUCCAGCAUUCCGAAAUGGCUUAAGAGAGAGACGACCUCCUCUCUGGACCAGAAGCUAGAAAAUCCAUGCAGGGCCCUCCUGCCCGUCCAUGCCGGCCUGACCGGAACUGGAUUGUGGCAGUCUUCAUGCGCCCUCUUGCAGUCCCACCUCACCGACAAUGACUUCGAAGGAAAAAGCUAUUACAUGGUGGUCAUCCAUAAUCGCGAUGGCACCUUGUUCUAUAAGGUGGCACGGACGGUGGGCAGCUUCGUGGGCAGCAAGGCCUGGCGCCAGCGAAGCCGAGGUGCAGAAGGUCGCUUUUGCACACGCUUUACUGCGGGUAUCACCGGGGUACUGGAGGUGGCAUCGGAGGCGGCCAAAGCAGCUGGCCUCCUGAUUGCCAGCCAGGUUGGAGCAGAAGUGAUCGAGACCAAGGCAUUCGAGGCCGAUUUGCUGACUGAAGUAGACCAGCAGUGUGAAGAGAAGAUCCGUGGCAUCGUGAAGCUUCACUUCCCCUCGCAUGCCUUCCUCGGCGAGGAGUCGGCCGGGCCGGACCUGGACGCCACGCUGGCCUCCGACGGCUGGCUGUGGAUCGUGGACCCCAUUGAUGGCACCACCAAUUUUGCAGCUGGACAGCCGAUGUCUGCAGUUUCCAUCGGAGUAGCUUUCGACGGCGAGCUACAAGUGGGUGUAAUCUACGAACCCUUUCGAGAAGAGCUAUUCGCAGCGGCUCGUGGGGCAGGAGCUACGCUGAAUGGGUCCAGCAUCCGCGUCUCCGGUUCCAAGAGCCUGUCGAAGGCUGUCGUGGCCUCUGGGGCACCCCCGAAUCCGCGCUCUGCUGCGCCAGGCUUCCGCGCAAUGACACUCCUAGCACCGCCGAAGAGUAGGACGAUUCGCAUCUUGGGCUCUGCGGCAAUCAACUUCGCCUGGUUGGCGUGCGGUCGCCUGGAUGCCUGGUUCGAGGCGGACUUGAACAGUUGGGAUUCUGCUGCGGGCGUGCUUUUGGUGGAAGAGGCCGGGGGCCGGGUCACCGACUGCAUCGGCAAAGACUUCAAGUUGACGACACGGCCCAUCUGCGCCAGCAACGGCCGCAUCCACGAGGAGCUGCUGGAGGUUCUUGCAGCCGCAAAGUGCACGGGACUCGAUGCUGAGUCAGCUGACGAGAUUAGUUCUUAG